UUUAAAGUCAUAGCUCACACCUAGUGUGAUGCAUGACUCUUUUCCUGAUUGUUGGUUUGUUAGGCUACGCUGGUAGUGGUAGAGGAGGUAAAACGAAACAAUACCAAUAGACUGAAAACACGCCAUUCGGAAGCUAUUAGUUCGUAAGUGGAAUCAUAUGGUGUUCAGCAUACUCGGACUACAGAGAAAAAAAAAUGACUGCAACUAAGGACAAGGCAGGCGUGCUCGCAGUGAGAGAAAAACUUGGCCUUAAAGAUGUUGAUUUUCAGCAGCAAUCAGUUGUUUUGCCUGGAGAUGAAGGUGUACACAUAAACCCAAUGAUAAAAGGUCCAGAGGAUCUCAUGACGCAUUAUUACGAAGAUGUCCGAACACUUUACGAUGCGUUCCAACGCGGCAUUCGGAUCUCAGGCGACGGACAGUGCCUCGGCUGGCGGGAGUCCGGAAAGCCUUACACAUUCAUGAAGUACAGUGAGGUGUUUGAGAGAUCAAAGAACUUUGGCGCUGGAUUAAUCGCAAAUGGAUGCGAACCAAACUCAGACACAUUUAUCGGUAUCUACUCGUCUAACUGUGUAGAAUGGAUCUGUACUGAACAAGCGUGCAACGCCUACUCUAUGGUUAUAGUGCCAUUGUAUGAUACGCUGGGUCCGGAGGCCUGUAAAUUCAUCAUCAAUCAAGCUAAUAUCAAGGUAACCGUUUGUGACAAAGAAGAAAGAUGCAGGAAACUAUUGGAGCAAGCGUCCGAGAUGGAGUCACUUAAAUACAUUAUUGUCGUACAAGACGUAAGCGAAGAGGUUAAAGAGACCGCUAAGAAGCUGAACGUUAGCAUCCUCAGCUUUGCAGACGUUGAGAAAACAGGAAAAGAAACUUCAAAAGAUGUCGUGAGUCAUAUACAAUUCUCACCCGAUGAUGUUUACUACUCAUACCUACCGUUAGCCCAUAUGUACGAACGGUUUGCGUUGACGAACUUCUUCAUGCACGGGUCGAAAGUGGGAUUUUUUCAGGGGGACAUCAAGUUAAUGACUGACGACUUGGCAACCUUGAAGCCUACAUUUAUGGCGUGUGUCCCCCGUAUCAUGAACCGUGUCUACGAUAAGGUGAUGGCGAAAGUACAAAAUGGUGGAUUUUUAAAGAGGUGGAUAUUUCAUCUUGCGAUGUUAAUGAAGAGUAAGGAAGUUGAAAAGAAUAUAGUACGUAACGAUGGCAUGUGGGACGGUGUUUUCAAUCAAGUUAGGGAUUCGCUAGGUGGCCGUGUUCGUGGAAUGACAGCGGGAGCUGCACCCGUCUCCGCCGAAGUGAAACGCUUCUGGCAGUGCUUCUCUGGUGCCUAUCUUGUAGAAGGUUUUGGUCAAACGGAGGCGACGUGUAUUUGCACUUUAGCUUACCCGACUGAUAACUCCCUAAACCACCAAGGAGCGCCAAUUGCGUCCUGUAUGAUGAAGGUUGUGGACGUUCCGGAAAUGGACUAUUACGCUAAAAACGGACAAGGAGAGAUAUGUAUGAAAGGACCUAGCAUAACGAAUGGUUAUUACAAGAAUGAGGAGAAGACUAGAGAUACAUACGACAGCGACGGAUGGCUUCAUAGUGGUGACAUAGGUGAAUGGACAGAGUGUGGCCAAAUUCGUAUCAUCGACCGAAAGAAGAACAUUUUCAAGCUUUCUCAUGGAGAGUACGUUGCGCCAGAGAAGAUUGAAAACGUUUAUCUUCGGUGCGAAUAUGUCUCGCAAAUAUUCGUCCACGGAGAGAGUUUACAGUCGUGUCUCGUAGCUGUUGUUGUACCAGACCCAGAAACUUUACCCAGAUUGGCAAAAGCACACAGAGUAGAAGGGGACUACGAAGUUAUGUGUAAAAGCGAGGUUUUGAAAACUGCCAUAUUUGAAGAUCUUCGUAAACUCGCAAAAGAAUCUGGAUUAAAAUCCUUCGAGCAGGUCAAGGUUCUCCAUUUGACGUCGGAAGCAUUUAGUAUAGAGAACAAUUUACUGACGCCAACACUCAAGUCCAAGCGUGCAGUACUUAGAAAUUACUUCAAAGAUGAGGUCGAGAAGAUGUACGAAGCCGUUAAUUCAUAAGCCUAUAUGGCUCGAACCAACCCAAUCGGUACUACUACGAGAUCAAGUGGAAACACGAGAUCAAGUGGAAACACAAAGUGAAUCGGACUCAGCUCCUUCGCUAUUAAAAAUUCUGAAUCCGUAGGCUUACUUAGACAAUAUAAACAAACAGGACAGGACGCAAGUGUUCGGAACUAUUAAAUUUGAUAAUAAUAAGGGUUCUUUUAUUUAUCAAUCGUUUAUGAAAAUGUGUUUGAUCAGUUACACAAUUAUAAUUAUGACUAAUGGGAAAAGAUUUUCAGGAAAACAUGACUUAAAAUAUAUAUAGAGAUAAAUGGAUAUUAUUAUAGAGGCCUGUGUAAAAAUGCAUUGGAAUAUAAGUAAAUAAUUAGGUUUUGGCCUACUUGCAUUUUAGCACCCAUAUGCAAAGUUUAAUUUUUAAGGAAAAGUGGGAUAGCAAUAAAACAUUUAUAUUUCGA